CAGAAAGGCCAACGCUCGGUCGUCAGCAAGCACAUGUCUGUCUGCAAGCGAGUGCAGCUGCGGCUUUCCCCUGUCACCGUGUGCAGCGUCUGCGUUGCACUCAACACAACUACCAACGAUGCCGACGGAAGAGCAGCUCAAGAAAGACCCCGUCUUCGGGCUGGACUCCCGACAAAGCUGGAUCACUGCCGCGUUCUGCGGUGCACUCCUCUUCCUCGCCUUGUCAACAAUAAGCGUGAGCGGUGUAUUCUUCUAUGGCGUCGUCGAAUCCUUUGGCGUCACCAGGGAGCAGGCGUCUUGGCCCGUCACGCUUAGUGGAAGCGUGCUGCCUCUGGCAGGUCCCCUGACUGGCGUGCUGUGCUCUCGCUUCUCCUGCAGGAAAGUGCUGCUCGUCUGUUCCUUCUUCACGGGCAUCGCUGUGAGCCUGUGCUACUUUGCGCAAAGCACCCACUUCAUCGUUGUCUUCUUCGGCAUCAUUCAUGGGACCACGCUUUCGGGUCUCUACGUGGCUGCCAACGUCCUUGUGGCUCAGCAUUUUGAGAAGCGAAGAGCAACCGCCUGCAGCUUGAUGUUCACAGCUGGUGGCCUCAACACUGUUGUCUUCCCCCCACUCAUCGAACUGUUCUACUCACGCUACGGCAUUCAAGCCGCAUUCUUGCUCUACGGAGCGAUCCUGAUGAACGCAUUUCCAUGCUCCAUUGCCCUAAGAAGACCUCCGUGGUUAGACAAACCAAAACCAGUCAGACAGAAAAAGGAGACUGCGUUGGACACUAUCUACAGCUCAAGAAGGCCCGCAUUCCGCAAUUCCGGCUCUGAAGACCUGAACAAGCAAAACUGUGCUGAUUGCACCGACGAAACGCAUGUAUUUUUGGAGAAAAGUAGCGUAGAAGAAACUGCAUCAAGUGACAGAACUAGUGUCAAGUUCGUCUCCUCCCGUUAUCCAGGGGGUAGCAGGCUGGCAAAAGGCAACAUCGUUGACUGCGUCAAACGCGAGCUGGCACCUUUCGCGACGAUGUCCUUCAUAGUCAGCGCUAUGUCCUUCACGACUGUGAACUUUGGGAUGGCGUUAUACGUGCUCCUGUCAACGGAUCUGGCUAGUGACCACGGCAUAGAACCUUCCAGCGCGGUUUACCUUCUCCAAGCAUUCUCCAUCAGCGAUAUCGCCUUCAGAGCACUCAGUGGCGUCAUCAUAGACUACAAGGUUCUAUCCCUCGAGUCUGUCAUGCUCCUGGGGUAUCUAGUGCAGGGCGCCGCGUUCGAACUACUGGCGUGGUUCGGGUCCCUCCACAUGAUGCUCACUGCCUCGGCGCUAAUGGGUCUCACGUGCGGCGCCAGGAUUGCUCUUCAAGCCCCUGUGAUUGCGAAAGACUUUGGACUCAAGCGAAUGCCAGUCGUCAUGGGGGCUGUGUACUUCUGUAUCGGUAUAGCGUUGCUUCUCCGCCCACCAAUUGUCGGCUACUUCCGAGACAGGCAUGGAUCAUACAACGGUCUCCUUCACUGCACAGCGGCCGUUAAUGGUUUCUUGUUGAUUGUCUGGACUAUGAAGCUUCUGAAGAAAAAGAACCCGGAAUCUCCGAAAGGAAAUGGCAAAAUAUCAGAAGGAACUUGAAAGAAAGUGGAGAAAUCUUCUCCGGUGCCGAUGGGAAAUGCAACUGACAGCUGCUCGCGCCAACAAAUCAGAGCACUGUGUCGUGAAGUGUCGACAGCGAUGGUUAGUUUGUGCAUUUAAGCGAACUCCAGCUAUUUGUUAAAUGCCAUUCCUUAUUUUGAGGACUUCACUCAGGACAAUACCACCCUGUUCUCAAGAAUUUCCCUGGGUGCGACGUGUGACACACUUACGAAUUUUCA